AUGACCUCCAACAGCAACAGACCUGCGGCCUACUCAGGUUCGCCGCCGGGCAGCGUCCCGCUCAAUAACGCUUUUGCAUUCGCCUUCAGUCAGCCGUUCCAUAGCACAAACGAUUUCACGCCGCCAGAGCAGAUCGUUCCGAGGAUUGAGGCGACGAGGCCGAUUUUCGUAGACCACAAGACAGACCGGACACUCACCUUUGGCCAAACCUCCAAGGAUGCGCUGGCAGUUGCCGCGGGGCUCUUGCGCCUGGGCCUAAAUCCCCAGGACAUCACCACACUCCCGCCAACACCAUCCUGUCCGCAAGGGCCCGAAAUCGCCCCAAUUGUCUUGAUCCAACUACCCAACUGCCUCCCGUUUGCCCCUGUCCUCCUGGGCACCUUUGCCGCGGGCUUGACAGCCACUCUUGCCUCACCGGCCCUGACGAGCGCCGAGAUCGCGUGGAUCCUGCAGAAUGCCCGCCCGCGCGUCAUCAUCACGGCCAAGGCCUGCCUCGGCGCUAUGAAGGAGGCGCUGCUGAAGCAGGAGGACCGCGCGUAUUUCUCCUCCAUCCCCAUCUUCACCGUCGACGUGGCCACAGACACCUAUCCAGAGCCGCAACCACCCAAGCCCCCGUCGGCUUCCGAGCAGGACUGGAAAUCCCUUCUGCUCACGACCGGCAGCACCAAACGGGUAAACCCGGCAACCAUCUUCCCGGCAUCCUCCUCAGCCCGCCGCACCGCGGUAAUCCUCUGGUCGUCGGGCACGUCUGGGCGGUCCAAGGGCGUGCUCCUCUCGCACCACGCGCUCAACUUUGCCAGCGCCUCGCUGUGGCACGACGCAGACUACUACCUGCGUACCCCGCAGAAAUGGCUCGGCUAUGUGCCCUUCUACCACGUCUUUGGCCUGUGCAACGUGUUUUUGCUCGCCCUGGCCGCGGGCGCCACCGCCUACAUCAUGCCCUCGUUCCAUCUCGAAACCGUCUGCGCCGCCAUUCGUGAUAGGAGGGUCACCUACAUGCACAUGGCGCCCCCUGUCGCUGUCAUGCUUGCUAAAGCUGCUGUUGUCGAGCCCUAUGCGAAGGAGGGCGGGUUUAAGACCGUUGUUGGGGCUGUGACUGGUGGUGCGCCGCUCGGUCAUGAGGUGGUUGAGGAGGUGUACAAGCGGUGCGGGUUCCGGGUGAGGUUGGGGUACGGCCUCAGCGAGACAUGCAGUACCGCGCUUCAGAGGGGGCUGGGCGAGAAGGAGAUGCGAGAGGGCGCGGGCGAUACGGGCCUGCCGCAUUGGGGCGUCGAGCUCAUGAUUGCCGAUCCCGAGGGUGGGGGGUAUGCGAGGAGAAAAGGGGAGACGACGAGGCCUGCCGCGGUGGAUGUCGAAGGGGAGGUGCUGAUACGCGCCCCGGGGCUCAUGUCGGCGUAUCUGCCCGUCGGGGUGUUUACGGGCGGCAGCGGCGGCAAGCCGGACAUGUCGGUCACCGAGGACGCGCUGACGGCGGACGGCUGGUUCCGCACGGGCGACGUGGGCGCCCUGAGCGCCGACGGCAGGCUGCGCAUCACGGACCGGCUUAAGGAGCUCAUCAAGGUGCGCGCGUACCAGGUGGCCCCCGCCGAGCUCGAGGCCGUGCUGUGCAGCAGCGACAUGGUGGCCGACGCGGGCGUCAUUGGCGUCUACGACAAGAGCGAGGCUACCGAGUGGCCCCGUGCCUUUGUGGUGCCGCGUGCGGGGAGGCAAAACAUGUCGAGGGCGGACCUGGAGAGGCUUGCGGCCCAGCUCAAGACGCUGGUUGAGAAGCGCACGGCAAAGUAUAAGUGGCUGAUGGGCGGCAUCGUUUUUGUCGACCAGAUCCCCAAGAGCCCGAGCGGAAAGAUACUGAGGAGGGUCCUGAAGAACGGCGGGCCUGAGACUAAAGGUGUUGAGUUCAAGCUCUAUCAGAAGAAGAAGCGGGAUGUCAAGUUGUGA